AUGUCUGUGACCAUGAAGAAGGCAUCUGUUGUUGUGGCCACUCGACAGGAGGGGAGCGGAGCUGCCGCCAAACUCACAGUCACUAAACCCGAGAACAAAAUAUUGGCCAAGAUCGCCCAAAGUACCGGCUCCGAGAGCCCGCGAGAUGGCGACCGGAAGAUGUCCAAACUGUUCUCCCGGAGGUUGACGAUGGGCAAGAAGGACGACGCCUCGGAGACCAGCCAGGAGGAAGGGGGCGGGGCCAAGAGAGGGAGCCUCAUGCCUUCCAGCUCCACCAGAACCAGCGUCUCCGCCGGAAGUGGGUCGCGCUUGAGCAUUGUGGGACUGAUGGCGAGCAGACGAUUCGCCAAGAGGCUCAUGGGUCGGGCCCUGGAGAAGAGGGAGAGCACGCUGGGAGACGGCCCCCCACCCGUGCUGUACGAGCCCACCUACAGGCUGGAUCCAAAGAAGAAGUUUGAGCCCAGCCCCGUGCUCAGCAUUGUCAAAGACGUUAUCGACAACAGACUCAAAGACAUGAAAUACAACCCCCGAAUCACACCCAACAUGAACCGGAUCCUCAGUGAAGAGGUCAAAGACAGAGUGAAGAAGUUGAACUUUGACCGUUACAAGAUCAUCGUCCUUGUGAUGAUCGGUGAGAAGAAAGGUCAGGGCAUCAUGGUGAGCAGUCGGUGCUCCUGGGACGACAAAGUGGACAAUUACGUCACUCACACCUUCCAGAACAAGAAUAUCUUCUGCACGUGCAAUGUGUACGGCGCAUACAAGGAAUGA